AUCACUUCCUGACCACAUGAGCACCACCACAAGCAUGUAAGACACGUAGAUGUGAAACUGCCUGCUUACCUCGUCAAGCAAAUGUCAAACAAGCAGAACAGGGCUGUGGGCGGAAAUGUAACAUCUUCUGUUGGAAGAACAGCGAGACACGAUGUGCAUUACUCUUUCUCUCAUCACACUCAUCUGGUUUUCUAAGACCCAGCCUGUCACUCUGACGUCAGUCGCCUGUGAAAAUGUCCUCCACACGUGUCAACAAGGUGUUAUCCCCUGGACCAGGUGUUAUGAGGAAAACAUAGCAACCUGUAGACAAGGACGCAUUUUGCGACAAAACUUCAUUCGUCUGAUGGUGAACUCGUCUCAAGAGGCUGAAGUGAGUCCCACUAUUCAACACAGGGUUCACAUCCCAUCCUCAGCUCUCCAAAGAAGUGGAGGAGCUGAGUCUGUGGAUGAGGUACUUCUGGUGGCCACUGUGAUCGACAGCACUUUCUUCAAGCUGAGUCCUCCUCGGGUAAAAGGAAAGGGGAGAGCACUGAUACCAGACCAGCCUACACACAGGCAAGGGAUUGUUAUGGAUGGGCUUGUCCUGGCAGUGAGGGCAGGGAACCAUGCUGUCACAAACCUUCCACAACCCAUCAUAUUAACCUUCAAACGCAACAAACAGGUGGAAAAUGGGAUGUGCGUGUUUUGGCAGGAGUCACAGCUGGACAAUGGAACAGGUUCUUGGAGCACAGAUGGCUGUGAUACCAGCGACAAAGGAAAUGAAUUCAUUUGCAGCUGCAACCACCUGAGCUUUUUUGCUGUGCUUGUGAACCCCGUAUUGUCAGUGGAUAAAAGUACUGCUGUGAACCUAAGCUAUAUCACCUACAUUGGAUCAGCUCUUUCCAUCUUCUUCACCGUUAUCAGCUUGAUCAUCUAUAUAUCUCUACAACGGCGGCGUCCAGAGAAGGCCAUCGGUGUGCAUAUGCAGCUGACAGGGGCACUGCUCUGCCUCCACCUCAGCUUCCUGCUGUGCAGCUUCUGGGUGUGGCUGCUGGAUGAGAAUGCGGAGAGCCGGGUCUGCCAGGUUCUGGGUCUCUUUUUACACUGGUCCCUGCUGGCCAGCUUCAGCUGGGCUGCUCUGGAAGGAUUCCACCUCUACCUUCUCCUUGUCAGAGUCUUCAACAUCUACGUCAGGAGAUACCUGCUCAAACUCAGCUUGGUGGGAUGGGGUUUUCCGACACUGAUUGUAAUGGCUUGCGGGAUUUCUGGUGUUUAUGGCAAAUACAGUCUGGAACUGAGGGACGACAACAACCACAAUUCAACAGCGCAGAUGUGCUGGAUGAGCAGCGAGUUCCCACAGAGGCUUUUAGUCAGCUACAUCACUACGCUGGCCUUCCCGUGCCUGGUGAUACUGUGUAAUUCCUGCAUGCUGGGGCUGGUGGUGGUUAAGCUUCGGCAGCUAAGGGGAGGCAGAAGAGGCACUGAAAGCACCAGUGGCUGGAAGAAGAUGAACAGAGAAAAAGCGACCAAGUUAUGGAAGGACUGUGCCACAGUGCUGGGCCUCAGCUGUGUGCUGGGCUUACCUUGGGGGUUGGCGAGCACCACCUACAUCUCCCUGCCUGGGAUCUAUGUAUUCACUAUACUAAACUCCCUGCAGGGUGUAUUUAUGUUCCUGUGGUCCGUGGCUUUGAUCUGCAAGCCUCGAUCUGACGAUAACUCCUCAGUCAGAGACCCCUCCACUCAGAAAAUGAUGACUACCAGUUUCAAUAAGUGAUAUUCACAGCUAAAACAAAUGUAUUAUCCAUUGCCUAUAUUAGGUGUUGUUGAGGUUUUUGCUUUCUUGUUAGUAUUGUAAAUGUUGCUUUGCACUUCAGGGCAACAGUUAAACCUGUUCUGCUUGCACUUUCACUAAAAUCAUCAGAUUCAAGAGACACCCUAGAAACAAAUGGACAAAUGGAUUUAUUGGACCCAGAGGUGUUUACAGGCUUUGAAGCUUUAUGAAAUAAAACCACAGAUAUAAAAACACAAAACUAUAUUUCAUAAUAAAAAUGUUAAUAAGAACCUUCCAAAAAACAACAUAAAAAACAAACUAAGAUAAAUUAAAGUUGCAUGUCCUACUUACAGAUUUCUGAUUGUAUUGUUGUAUAAGUUAAAAUGUUAAAUGACGGAACAUGUUUUAAAGAAAUUUGAACUCA